UAAUUGAUAAUGAAGCCAGCCAGAAUACUACUGUUAUAAGGGUUGAUAGUGCAAACAAGCACGGAAUACUUCUUGAAGUUGUGCAGGUCCUCACUGAUCUAAACCUUAUCAUAACUAAGGCUUACAUAUCUUCUGAUGGUGGAUGGUUCAUGGAUGUUUUUUAAUGUCACUGACCAACAUGGAAACAAGGUCACAGAUGAAGCUAUUCUGGAUUAUAUUCGAAAAUCCCUUGGACCUGAAUCAUGCUUUCCAUCCAUGAGAUCUGUUGGGGUUAAGCAAUCAACGGAGUACACUACAAUAGAGCUAAUGGGAACUGAUAGGCCAGGAUUGCUUUCAGAAGUGAGUGCGGUUCUGACCGAUCUCAAAUGCAAUAUAGUGAAUGCAGAAAUCUGGACUCAUAAUACCAGAGCAGCAGCUGUUGUGCAUGUUAAUGAUGAGGAAACCGGGUCUGCCAUUAAUGACCCGGAGAAGCUAAACCUGGUGAAGGAGCUUCUCUGCAAUGUGCUUUGUGGUGGGAAUAGGAACAGAAGUGCUAAGACUGAGGUCACUGAUGAAGUUACCCAUACCGAGCGAAGACUUCACCAGAUGAUGUUUGCUGAUAGGGACUAUGAACGAGCUGAUGAUAGCAGCAACAGCAACAUUGGGUUUGAUGAGAAGCAAAGACCAAAUGUGAAUGUUGUUCAUUGGUCAGACAAGGAUUAUUCUGUAGUUACUAUCCAAUCCAAGGAUAGGCCAAAGCUUCUCUUCGACGCAGUUUGUACUCUGACAGACAUGCAGUAUGUAGUUUUCCAUGCUAAUAUAGAUGCCGAGGGGCCCGAAGCAUAUCAGGAGUACUAUAUCAGACAUGUAGAUGGGUCCCCUGUGAAAUCAGAUGCAGAAAGGCAAAGAGUUAUGCAAUGUCUUGAAGCUGCAAUCGAGAGACGAGCAUCUGAGGACUUGAAGCUAGAGCUCUGCACCGAUGACAGGGUCGGGUUACUAUCUGAUGUAACCCGAAUCUUCAGGGAGAACAGCCUCACGGUUACAAGAGCAGAAGUGACCACAAAAGGUGGCAAAGCUGUGAAUACCUUCUAUGUUCGAGGAACCUCAGGAUGUCCUGUUGAUUCCAAGACCUUAGAGUCGAUUCGCCAAACAAUAGGAGACAGCAUCCUUAAAGUUAAGGGCCUACCUUCGGAGCCGAAACCACCGGUUCAGGAUUCCCCCACAAGGUUCCUCUUUGGUGGCCUCUUCAAGUCCAAGUCAUUUGCUAACUUUGGCUUAGUUAAGUCCUACUCUUGAGGAUAUGAGGCAUUCUCAAAAUCUCAAGUAGGCAGUGCCUAUGUAACACCACAUCCUGGAUCAGGAUCCUCUAAAAUUCACAACAUUGGAGGCUUAUCAGAUAAUCAGAAAUUUAGUUGAUACCAAUCUGAGCGACCAGUUUUGCUGCUUAAGAAUUGCAUGUUAGGUAAAGUCUGCUUACAGAAAGAGAAUUUAUUCUAGCCAUGGCCUUGUACAGUAAAAGCCUGAAGAUAUGCAAAACUGAGUCAGAGAAACCCUAGAGGAAGUGAAACUGUUAGUUUUAGAGGGUGUAGGGAAAAUGAGAUCAAACAAGGGGAUGGAGGUGAAGCUUACGAGAGAAAAUGCCUUUGUAAAUUCGUUUCUAAUGGUCACUCUGGGGCCCAGUCAUUGAGGGAGAAUAUGUGGUGGUGUUUCAA